AUGUCUAGUCAAACUAACGUCGAUUUAGGAUUUCCUUUGCGGUUGUAUUCAUUGGGUUGUCAGCCAAAAGCCAAAAGAAGCAUCAACCACCACAGUAAAAUCGAAUUUUUAGAAUCUGUUGAAAAUGCUGUUGGAGAAGACGUUUGGAACAACAUUCGUGGUUCUUCUUUGGGAGUAAUUAUAGAGUUCGUUGGGAAUAAUUUCACGUGGUCAUCUAAGGUCGUCGAACAUCUUCUUGUGAAUCAACUUGUUUGCAAGAAAGAGCAUGAGAUUUGGUGCAUGUUCGGUAAUACACCAGCUCGUUUUUCUCUGUCUGAGUUUGAAGACAUUACGACUUUAAAUUGUGCACCUUUUCCCGAGAGCGAUGGCGUUGUUGAAACCGAAGCGCUUAGAGGGUUGUGGAAAAAGAUGAAAGUAAAGAGGAAGAGCCCUUGCAAGUUAGAGUUAAAAGGGGCAUUGGAGGAUGUUUUUGCUUGGUCAACUGAAGACAAAAUUCGUUUUGCACUUUUGUCUAUUUUAGCAACUAUCAUCAUAGGAGAUGAUGAGAAAAAGGAGCUUCCUCUCGAGCUUGCUUGUAUGGUUUUUGAUUUGCCAAAGUUUGAGAAAUAUCCUUGGGGCAGAGAGGCUUUUAAGCGGUUGAUUAAAUCAGUGAAGCGUGUGAAUUUGGAAGCGAAUUCAUACACAAUAGAUGGGUUUGUGCAAGUGCUUCAAGUGUGGGCUUACAAAGUUGUUCCUAGUCUUGGAGCAAAGAUUGGUCGUCCAUCAAAUAUUGACGGUCCUGCUAUUCUGAAAUUUAGAGGUUUAAAAGGAACAAGUAACACAAAUAUUCCUGACGUCUCAAAUGCUGAUGAGAAAAACAUCAAGAAUAUUGUUAUCAACAAUAUGACAGCCGUUGUUUGGGAUGGUGAUCGUGUCGACGAGAAAAUUGAUGCUCUCAUGCAAGCCAUAUGCAAAGAAGGAGGUUUAGGAGCUGUAACAUGGGUGGCACAUGGUUUAAACGACUAUCAAAAGGAAGAGACCAUGGAAGUAGUUUUGAGUGGGCAUUCUCAAGAGGAGAAAGAGGACAGUGGUGGCAAUAUGACAUCACGAAAACGCAGUUCGGAAGUGAUGACUGCAGGAAAGAAGAAAUUUAAGGAAAUAGACAUAAGUGCCACUUCUUCUACCAACUCUGCUGAAUUACUGCACUUGAAAACUGAACUUGGACUGCAAACACAAAAGUUAGAGAUGGUGGAGGCUAAAAUAGAAGAUAUGGGAAAACAGAUAAAGAGCUUUGAAGCUAUGCAUUCAAAGUACGAACUUUUGGAAAAGGAGGUGUUGAUUCUGAGAGAGAAGUCAAAGAACAAUGAGAUUUUGUCAUUGGUAACAUGUUUGUUCUUGGGUAUGCAGAGCUUUGAAGGUAUGCGGUCAAAGUUUGAACUUCUGGAAAAUGAGAUUUUGUGUCCAUGGAUUACCAUGUUUGUUACUGGAUAUAUGCAGAGCUUUGAAAUACCAUACCUAAGAGAUGAGGAGAUGCCAUUAGACGAAUUGAUGGCUAACAUAAAGGACAUAAGAGUGAAGGCGGUUGAAUCAGAUGGAGAGAGCACAAUAGAUGGAAGAUUAGAGAUGACCAAUUUUCGGAUAGAAAAGCCUCAGAAAUCUUCGCCAUUGAAAAUAAUUCAGCCAACUGCUUCUAUUGUAGAAAAGUUUACGCAGAAAAAAGUUAAUAAGACAUUAAAGAUCAUGGGGGGAGAUCACCAUACUCAAACUGCCCGAGAGAAGAGUACAAGAGUGACCAAACCAGGGCCGGCUUUGCAAACACCGUUUCGGAAUCCCGCGUUGCUUGUAGGUAAUACAAAACAAGUUACCCAUCCUUAUGCGAUGGCCAGACGUGGAUACGAUCCUUUCGCACCCGUGGAUAGGCAGAAAGUUAAGAGUUUGGACGACUGGUCAAAGUUUGAUGAGGAAUAUCCAAUUGGUUCUCCAAACAAUGGUGUAGGUUUUUAUAAAGUUAUUCGAACCCCUCAAGACUGGCUAAGUGAAGAGCAUAUUAAUAGAGCAAUGGACUUGUUGCGUCUGAGGUUUAUGAAGAAUCCAAAAGAAUUCAGAAGUGAGAGAAUCACUUUUACGGAUUCUUUUUUCCCUACAAUGUGGACCAGUGGGUAUGAGGAGUUCCUUGGAUCGAAAGCCUUGCCUAUUUUUCCUAAUGGAGCGGAAGACUAUUAUUAUGGUAAACAACCAACAUUUGCAGCAACUGGGAAGAAGUGGAGGGCCGACGUAGAUGAUAUCUAUGGUGUUCUCCACCUCAACGGAAACCAUUGGGUAGCGAUUGCCAUUUCUAUUCCUACUGGCAUGAUUCAUGUCUUUGAUUCUGGGUUGAAAUAUACUACGAACGAUCAGAUCGUCAAAGCAUUGAAGCCAAUAGCUCAUAUGCUACCACAUUUACUUCAAGCGGCAGCUCCACCAUUGGAACGAGCGAAAAUGAAACUAGAACAAUUCAAAAUUCGAAGGCCACGAAAAGGGAUUCCUCAACAGCUCAAAGCAGGUGAUUGCGGAAUAUAUGCAAUAAAAUUUGUUGAAUGUCAUGCAUUAGGCGUAGAUUUCAACACGCCUAUAUCUGAUGCAAAUAUAAAGAUGGUUAGAGAGAAGCUAGCAGCUGAGUUAUUUGACGAGACAGAGGAAAGAAGAUGA